AUUAUUUACCAAAUAUUUCGCCAUGUCGUGCUCGAAUGCGAUGAAGGGAUUUAGCAAGGGUUUAUAAGAAGCGGAUUCCUUUCUGAAGCCCGUUAUUCAGUUCACAUUCUUAAUAUUAUCAGCAUGGUUAUCUGUUGCGACAUAACAACUAGGACCCCCAUUUUCCUUUGACCCUGGUGUAUUUGCAAGAGCUGCUGAAGGAGACAAGUAAUCAAGUACAGUCCAGAAAUCCUUAACCGGAGAAUGCGCUUUGACUCAGCGUUGCAUUUAAAAUUUGGAAGAAAAAUCCCUGCUGGUGUAAUUUUGAUCUGUUUCUGCCUGGUUAGUUUGCUGCGGCUUGCAGUGGGAGGAUGCCAGAAAAGUUGCAAUAGAAGUGCUGAGGAUCUUCUUCUUUGGAUAAAAAAUAAAGACUAUGAUGGAUCUGUGAGGCCGAAUGUGACUGGAGGUCCAGUUGUGAUCGAUAUUGAGACAUACAUUUCAAGUGUGAGUUCUAUCGAUGAAAGAGAUAUGGAGUUUUCACUGGACAUGUUCUUUCGACAGCGCUGGAAAGAUUCCCGUCUCAUUUAUCAGCCGCAUCCAGACAAGGGACCAGAUCAAAGAGUUAUUCUAAGCCCCGAAUUAACCAAAUACGUCUGGCAGCCCGACGUAUAUUUCAGGAAUAGUAAGGACGCUCGCUUUCACAUGGUACCCACACAAAAUGUGUUGUUUGGCAUCAACCCAGAUGGCAGUAUUCUGCUAAGUGCAAGAAUUACCACCGUGCUGGCAUGUCAAAUGAAUUUUCGCAAAUUUCCAAUGGAUCGUCAAACCUGUCAUUUCUACGUUGGUUCUUACUCACAGACAGAAGAAAACGUCUUAGUGAGAUGGAGAAACGGCCAAGGAGUAAUUGUUCCCGAAGAGCUCGAGAUCCCUCAAUAUGACCUCACUAGCGUGGUAAGCAAGGAUCGCAAAGGAGCGUACAACACAGGAGUUUUCUCAGAGCCAGAGGCAACAUUUGUCUUCAAGAGACGUUUGAUGUUUUAUGUUUAUGGGUUUUAUCUGCCUGUAACUUUAGUUGUACUUCUCAGUUGGAUCUCAUUCUGGAUUGAUCCUGAGUCUACACCUGCCCGUGUUUCUCUCGGAGUCAUCACCAUUCUAGCCAUGGGCAACUUUCUUCAUGGUGGAGGUGCGACUCCAAAUGUUUCGUACGCAACUGCUCUUGAUGUCUACGUUAUUACAAGUUUUGUGUUCGUUUUUGCAAGCCUGAUGGAGUAUGCUGCAGUGCACUGCGCAUUGAUCAAAUACCAGCAAUCAGAUAUCAAUGAGCCGUGUAAGUUAGUCAAAUUUGGCGAUUCAGUAAAAUCUCAAGACUCUGAAGAAGGAAUGGUCAAUGGCAGCUUUUCCAGCUCAAGCACUGUACAACUUCCUGUUACGUUAAAGAAUGAUGAAGAGGAGGGACACUCCCUAAGGCGCAAGUCUAUCAUACAAGGAGCCAAAUUGUACUAUAUCCAUUUCAAUUACAAAUCGCUGGAAAGCUAUUCAAGGGUUGCCUUUCCUCUGCUUUUUGCAAUAUUUAAUAUUAUCUACUGGUUUACUUACUGUGGAUCAAAGGUCAGUGAUCAGGGAAUCUGUUGAUGGUUCUUCAAGGAAAUAUCAUCUAGAAUCUUGGACGAAUCGUAGAGCUGACUUCAGGAAGUUCCUUUGGUGCAAAUCGGGACAGUUUUAUUAUCAUCAGAGAAUCUACCAAUGGUUCUUUACGCAAAUAUCAUCUAGAAGCUUGGACGAAUCGUAGAGCAGACUUCAGAAAGUUCUUUUGGUUAAGUCGGGAACAGUUAUCACAUAUAACUAGAGCACGUGUCAUAGUGAAAGCAAAAGGUUCCCAUCGCAAAGUGAUACAAUCUUGAAAUGAAAGGUGCUGGAACAGUUGGAAAUAUAUCAUAUGUAUAUAUAUUUCUAUAUAUAGUCGUUAGUGGAACUCUCAGGCCAACAAA